AUGGUUUGCUGGUUAGAUGUGUCGGGCAAGUUUGACACAAAAAACCUGCGCUUGGGGACAAAGUACGAGGUGAUUUUUAUGGUGAAGUUAGAGGAUACCGCGAACGGAUGGGAUUGGGAACCAGUUAAGCUGAAGCUGGUCAUGCCCAACGGUAGUGAGACACCASAAGAGCAUAGUGUGAGUUUUGUGGAAUACAUUGGGAAGCAAUGGAUAGAUAUUCCGGCCGGUGAGUUCAUGAUGUCGAAGGAGAACGUUGGAGAGAUCAGUUUCUCAUUGUAUGAGCAUGAUGCCAAUAUUUGGAGGUCAGGGCUUAUUGUCAAAGGCGUUGUAAUUCGUCCUAAACACUAA